AUGAUUUGUUUGGGAGGUGUCAACAGCAACAUAUGCAAACUCAAUCUCACUCUACAAAUCAAGAAUCUCAAGCAUCAACCCUUUUCUUCUUCUUCUUCAUUUUCCGACAAGAUUUCUCACUAUGAACUCCCCUCAUCCACCUUCUCUUCAUCUGCCCAUGCAUCUGGAUUUUCAUCACCUAAUGCGUUGGAUUUCCACCAAAAUAUCGUUGUUCGUGAGGCAAGGAUAGAAGACUGUUGGGAAGUGGCCGAGACGCACUGCAGUUCUUUCUUUCCGGAAUAUUCCUUCCCUCUGGAUUUCGUGUUGAGGUUCGACAGGCUUGUUGGGAUGCUCUUUGGAUUCUCAAUACCAAAGGGCUGUAAAAGGACUUGCCUUGUUGCUGUUACUGAAAGCUGUGGUGAGGAUUCCUUCUUUAUUGGCAGUGAUGAUGAUUUCAAGAUUGGAAAAAUCAGACUCGGUAAAGGAUAUGUCACCGGAAUUUUGACGGUCGAUACAGUGGCCGAUUUUCUUCCAAGAAAAGGACCUUUUAGACAAAGAAGGACAGGGAUUGCAUACGUGUCAAAUGUUGCGGUCCGAGCAAACUUCCGAAGGAAGGGAAUUGCAAAGAAGCUAAUUGCAAAAGCAGAAGCGAAAGCCAAAAGCUGGGGCUGCCGAGCAAUCGCACUACACUGUGACCUUAACAACCCUGGAGCAACAAAUUUAUACACAAGCCAAGGUUUCAAAUGCAUUAGAGUCCCUCAAGAAGCUAAAUGGCCCCACCCGAAGAUCUCACCCGAGACUCAGUUCAACUUCAUGAUGAAGCUCCUCACCUCCUCAUAA